AUGACAAUAGAGGUGUUGGUGAUGGUGUGGACAGGGGUAAUGAUAAUGAGGGAAGUGUUGGAUAUACAGGGUUUAUAUAGUCCACGUAGAGCUAUCAGAGUGAGCAAGGCUCAUAUGUCAAGGAGAGGUCUUUUGAACAAUGGGAGCGGAAAUACGGCAGAGUUAGACAGAGUUAGGCCAAGUAGGGACAAUGGGAGCAGAAGUGCGGCGAUGUUAGGCGGAGUUAGUCGAAGGAGGAGAAGGAUGGCCGGGGGUUUGGGGAGGUUGGACGAACUGAAGUUCUUCAGUGAUCCUUGGUUGUUGUCAGUAGUGAAAGAUUGA